AUGCUUUGCAUUUCUCGAUCACGUGAAGCAACCACGGAGAGAUUAUCUCCUUCACCAUCUCAACCAGAUCAUCAUGUUGAACAAGUGGUUCCGGUAUCUGGUGUGAUAGCUGACGAACAGAAUCAAGUCUUUGCUCUGACAGCUACGGUGGACAAUGUUUCGGCAGAACCAAAAAAACCGGAAGGUCAACCCACUACACGGACACGGCAGAAGAAAAUUCCAAAAAAUUCAGCUUCAAUUAGUGUUCAGACAGACUGGACAUGGAAGGAUAUGGAGAUGCUCGAGAAAUACCGAGUAAAAGAGCCUGAACCUGAGGAAUCAGAUAGCGAUGUCGAACCGAUUGAAUCUGUUUCAAAAGUCGAAGAACCACCGGAACAAGUUGAGUCGACGACUACGUCAUUACCAGAGCUGCCAAUUGUCACAUCUGUCGGACUACCACCGAUUUUACAGUAUAAUCCAGAAUCGAAACAGAAAUUGGAUGAUCUACCUCGCACAGACGAGGAAAUUAAUGAAGAUGAACUGCGUGAAUUAGGUGUACAUGUUUAUGGACGUGUUCCAUGUGAAUUUUGCGGAAAAGAACUACGGAUAUGGCCCACAAUUGUUGAACAAGAGACAUCUCCACCGAGUGAACUGUUCUGUUGUACGGAAUAUCGAGAAUUUGUUGAAGCUGUCCUUGAAAUGCAGAAAGAAGAAAACUCUCGACUUGAUUCAAAACCAAUCGAUAUACAACCACAUGCAAAAGUUCGCAGCCGACGUGCUCGACAGCUGGCAGAAGAACGAGCGAAAGCAAGACUUUGGGAACGUAAUGCAGCUGAACAGAAACGUCUCGAAGAACAAGUACAAGAAUUUGCAAACAGCACCAACCCGAAAGCCAUGGGAAAUUCUGAACAAGCGAAAUCUUAUCGUGGCACAUCAACAGUGCGUACUAGCUCACAACUACCGAGUGCCAAAUCGGACUCGGCUAUGGCAGCAAGAAUGAAAACAUUUACAUAUCAAUUAUCGAAUCUGAAGUAUGUGGAAGAAGGAUGGACAUUGAAGGGACCAACUGAUUUCGAAAUAAGCUCCGAUGAAGAAUCUGACUUGGAAGAACAUAUUUUAAUACCACGAGAUAUAUCCACGGUAGCAUUCAAAAAGAGUGAACGACCAUUAGUUCAACGUUUCUAUAAAGAUGGAACAACUGCAGCUAUUCUUUUUUCCACUGGAACGGGCUCUAUCUAUUAUCCAUCCGGUAAUCUGGCCGUUAGUAUCUCUGAAGUAGCUCGGGCGAUGCUUCUCUAUACGGCAUUUACUGAUGAACCAUCAUAUGCAUCGAGACAAAUAGCACAAUUUGAUCCAUUCGGAAAUGGAUACUGUAAUUUUACUAGUGGUAAUUUAAGAUUACAAUUGACAGCACUUGAAGGAAUCGAAUUGAAUUCGGACGGUAGUCGACGUCGUCGAUGGCAUUGGUGGGCUAAAGCAAAUUCAAUGACAGAACCACACAUUCAUGCUCCUCCGUGUCAACCGAUACUGUUUCAUUUAAAUGAGGAAAUCGCGAUUAAAGUCUGUUCGCAAGAAAAAAUUUACUUGAGAUUUUCAUGUGAACUCGUUGAUCUUAAAUUUAAAGUUGGCGCAAGAUUAAAAGUAAAUAAUGUCAAUAAUCUACCAUCAACACAAAAAAGUGAUCCAUAUGACAGUUAUUUGAAAAAGAAGAGUACCGUAUUAACACGAUUAUUGAAAAAUAUUCAUACAGAAGCACAGCAGUAUGUUAAAAGUCAAGAGCUUAUCCGUUCAUCACAGGAGCCUACACGAUCAGUUCAGGAAUCAGCUCGGACUGGUCACAAGACGACUGUAGUCAGUCUUUCACAACAAAAUCGUAAUAAAACUCCGAUAAAAGAAAGUUUAUUUCCGCCCAUUCGACAAAACGAAGAGAAGGUGCAAAAUAAUCGUAGAAUUUAUCGUAGUGUCGUUGUCACGUAA